AUGAAGCGCGCAGGCUGGCAGAGGAUUGUCCUGCUGCGGUCGAGUGGGACUUCAACCCGGGGCCUGGGCGGACAUCUGAUCAGACCAAGAUAUGGCUGCGUUGAACCAACUCGGGGUCGUUCGCGUUGGGCCACCAAACAUCCAGUCAUACUCGGGACACAACAUUUCCGUCCGUUCAGUACAGGGCCACAGAGACAGUAUACCGACGACGACGGCGAAGAUGAUGCUGGCACGUACAGUGAGGCGGAUUACGAACACGCCGUCAUCUCCACGUUCGAUCUCUUCUCGAUCGGCAUUGGGCCGUCGUCUUCACACACUGUCGGUCCCAUGCGCGCGGGCAACAUCUUUGUCGCGGAUCUCGUGGAAGCCAACCUCCUGCAUCGAGUCCAUAAGAUUCGCGUUUCCAUCUACGGCAGUUUGGCUCUGACCGGCGAAGGACACAUGACGCCGUCGGCCCUCCUGCUCGGCCUGGAGAGUGCGGACGUGGAGACAGUCGACACUUCAUACGUGCCGAAGCGGUUUAUCGAGAUCAAGUCGACCAAGAAACUCUUCCUGGGCCAGGGCCUGCCGGGUCACAAAGGCAAAGAGAUUGCCUUUGACUACGAGCGCGACUUCAUUUGGGAAUGGGCCAAGAAACUGCCCCUACACAGCAACGGCAUGCGUCUGAUGGUUUUCGACGCCGAAGGGGACAUGUUGGCGACCAAUGAUUUCUUCAGUGUCGGGGGCGGCUUUGUCGUCAACGGCGCCCUUUCUAAUAAUGCGGCUGCCAACUCAGAAGAUCUGGUCCCGCCGGAUAAUAAUGGCUCCUCAGAAGAGUCCCACGAUCUAGCAACUCAAGAUUCAGGGCACCAUCCGGCUGAUCUGACAGAGAACAUGUUCUACAAGGAGAUUCGUCGAGCAGAUGCCGCGGGAGAUCGGAAGACAGGGCUCGGGAUCAAACUCCUGGACGGAGGCAGUGUAUCUGACGAGGUUGGCUUGGAAUCCACGGGAAGCGCCCUCUCGACCACGUCGACUGGUCCCACGGACAUCGAGGCCGAAGGCGCCCGCACCUCUGGCCCUCGUCAACCUCGCUAUCCAUUCCGCGACGCUGCCAGCUUACUACAUCUGUGCCACAAACACAACCUGACCAUUGCACAGCUGGUGUUUGAAAAUGAAAAGAGCCACGGGAAUUCCGAGGAAGAAGUAUAUCGGAAGCUGUUUCGGAUCUGGCGGGUCAUGGAUGAGAGCAUCCUCGAAGGUGUACAGGCACCGCUCGACUCGACGCUGCCGGGCUCGCUCAAGCUGCAUCGACGUGCCCCGGCGUUGUACCGGCGACUGACGAGAGGUCUUUAUCCUUCACACACACAAGGAGCCCAAGAUGUCGAUCCUGCGGGCACCCUUCCUUCGAACACGCCCAAUGCAUCACUACCACACGGGACAGCUGCAAUGGUGACUCAGGUACACAAUCGCACUGGCAUGCGACGGGCACCCCGCGUCCAUGGUGCUCUCGAUCAUCCCAUCCCACCGCCUCCAAAGCGCCGCACCACGUUCCCCGCUAUGGACUACUUGACCGCGUAUGCCAUUGCUGUCAACGAGACCAAUGCGGCGGGAGGGCGAAUCGUGACGGCGCCCACGAACGGGGCGGCGGGCAUUAUCCCUGCGGUGCUCAAGUACACGAUUGAAUUCAUCAGCGACGACCCCGAACGCGACGUGCCGACCUUCCUGCUGACGGCGGCGGCCAUCGGCAUGCUGUACAAACGGGGGGCCACCAUCUCCGCCGCCGAGGGCGGGUGCAUGGCCGAAGUCGGGGUCGCGUGUUCGAUGGCGGCGGGCGCGUUCGCGGCGUGCAUGGGCGCGAGUCCCGAGGCGGUCGAGCAGGCCGCCGAGAUAGGCAUCGAGCACAACCUGGGCCUUACAUGCGACCCCAUCGGCGGCCUGGUGCAGGCGCCGUGCAUUGAGCGCAACGCCCUGGGCGCCAUCAAGGCAAUCUCAAGCGCCAACCUGGCCCUCAGCAGCGAGACCGGCACGCAAAAGGUGCGUCUGGACGACGCCAUCCGCGCCAUGCGCCUGACUGCCCGGGGUAUGAGGAACGAAUUCAAGGAAACGAGUCUGAGUGGGCUGGCUACGAGCGUGCCGCUUCAUAUUCCCGUCAGCGUGCCCGACUGUUGA